AUGGAAGCGCCAGCAGAACGCGCCCCUCCAGUGCGUACCAGGCGUUUUACCGCUGCCACCACCAAUGGCACCCCCACAUCCUUGUCCCUCAGCAUGACAUCUAGCUUUCCGGUACACCAUACUGCUCACAUGUCCGCCUGUGCGGCCACGGGCAGGACUAGCAGAAACCUCGAUCCCUCACAGCAACCGCCACUGCUACGUCGUCUGUCUCCAUCCUACACUCGGUCACCCUACGCCUCACCUGUGACCGCACACAAGGGUGCGGCUACCUCCUCGUCCGCUCCACUAGACGAUGCGUCGUGCCUACCUCUCGAUGUAUUGGAGCCAGCGGCGGCCCGCUGGGCAUUGACGGCUGACCGCGGAAGUCGCCGAGCACCUCGUGUGCGCAGCUCUCUGGGUCCGCAGAGUGAAGUUGUCGACACAGGUCUUUUCGUGUGCCCCAACACAGUCGUGGCUGCCCUUUACUCAGCUGCACCAGGGCGCGGUCAUUUGGUGAUGACGGCCGAGUCGGGUGGGUGGCUGCGAGUACGCGAGCAGAAGACUGGCGCCAUUCGCCAUCAGCGGCAACUGCGCGAUGGUGGCGAGGUGUCGUGCUUGGCGUGGGCUUCAGCCGGUGGCGACACAGCUGUCGAGCCGCUCGGCGCCGUGGUAGUGGCUGGCCAGCUCAGCGGUCUCAUCAGCUUCUAUGCUCUGGUUGGAGAGUCACUAGUGGAGCUGCCGUCCGCCACGUGCGUGUUUCACGAAGCUCCACUACUUAGCUGUCUGCCACUGCGUGCUCCAGCCUCGGCAGAAGAGCCGGCGGCGACGGCGCCCGGGGCCCUUGUGAACGUGCUACUCUCGUUAGACGCCGACGGCGUGGUGGCGCUGUGGUCCCUACAGCUGACUGAGGUGGGCGGGGGCGCUGAUCGAGGGAACGAGGCAGAUCUGCGGCUCUCAGCGCUGCUGCUGGACUGCAGAUACGCUUCUCUAUCGCCGACGUCGUCGUUCCCGCCGGUGGUGAUGGCGGCCAUGGGUCUCUCAUGCGUGUCGACCUCCACAUGCUGCGUGUUAUCGACCCACCGCUUUGUGCAGCAGCCCCUUUCUCCAACCGGCGUCCCAAGCGACGGCGAUGAGGAGGCGGAUACGCAGGGGAGUGCUGUCGUGUUCCUCUCCAGUUUCACAGUCUCUCUUACUGCGGACCCAAACGCUACCAUGCUGUCGAUAAACACUGGGGCCUCGACGGGUUUGGAGGAAGGGGCACCCGCGCCGGAUAGCGCGCAGCCCCCUCUCCGCAGGGAUUGGAAGGUCCUGCGAGCGUACCGGGUCCCCGUGGGAUUGUUGCCGCAGAGGGGUGAUGAGGGCAGUUCUACCUCCGUCAACUCUGCAGUUGUGGCUAUCACCGCCCUCUGCGUCACGGGCUGCAUCAGCCACAGCAGCAGUGCUGCGUCAGCGGAGCAGCUGUGGGCUGGCACCGCUGACGGCCGUCUUCUCAUUUGGGAGGCACACACAGGCCGGUUUGUGCGCUCUCUGCACUCUGCCUCUGCGGCACCGGUGCACAGUCUGACGAGUGUGCCGUCUCCCGGGUCACCUGGGCAGGCACUGGUAUGGGGGAGUCAAGCGGAUGGUAGCGUGAUGGCGUGGAGUGCCGAUACAUACACCGUGGCGGAGGUGCUGCCCGUCAGCUACCCGCCAUCCGGCCCAGUGGUGAGUAGGACUGGAGAUGCAGAGGACUCGGUGGGUGGCGACCCUGCAAACGCGGUGGUGACGGUGCGCGACGCCGUCGACCUCCUGCGUGCCACACGCCACCGCUGUGCUCCGUCGACAUUGCGGGCUCCGCGGCGUCGUGGCUGUGGCUUCACGCUCUUUGUGAAACCGAUGGAGCUGGUGUGCAUGCAGCGCGCGUGGUCCGUGGGUACCGACGGUACUGUGCGCACAUGGCUGCUUCCCAGUGGCAGGGCAAGCGCAGGCGGCGCUGUGGCGGACACUGCUGGAGCGGCUGUUGCCUCUUGGCCGACAAGCGACACAGGUGGUGCUGCCCGCGCUGCCUCGCUGGACGCCCACACUGUGCAGUGCUACUUGCAGGAUCGGGCCGACGCAUUGGCUCGUGAGCGGCAGGCGCAACGUCUGGCAUCGGAGGCCCAACAGGAGCAGCUGCAGAUUCUUCAAGAGCGCAAUAGAGUGUUAGCUGCCGCGCUGCAGCAGGCCAUCAGACGUCUAGAGCAGGUGAGUGUGGACGACCUCGUGCGAUCCGCAUCACGGCCGUGUUCGUCCCCGUCCGUUGCUCCGUUACAGAACGAGGACGGCGCAGACGCGGCACUGGUGGAGUCCGCCGUUCUCGCACCAGGCUCUCCCACCACCACAUCAACGACCACACUUUCUGCUGUCUCUGAAGCAGACGAGCAACCCGUCGUGGCAGCUCAGCCCUCUACCAUCGUCGUGACUCCGGAUGCAACGUCGCCUCCACUACCGGCUAUGACGACGUUGCCACCAGCAGCGCAGAUGCACGUGCAGGCACUUCAACAGCUUCUGGAGGAACUGCACGCCAAGCUCGAGGAAAGUUGGAGCCGCAACGAUGCUCUGCGCGAGGAGCUGCUUGAGUGCCAGCUUCGCAUGCUCGGGCGGGAAGAGGACAUAGCGCAGAGCGCGCUCAUGACUGCGGCCGACGAGGUUGCGGCGGCGGCUGCGACAGGAAACGCAGAAGGGCAGACCAGUGCGGCACAUGGGGUAACAGCGGCGACAGCAACCACGUCUGCGCCUUCACCAGUGCUGCCCUCGGCUCAUAUCGCUACCUCUUCCUUAUCCGGGAGUACCAAUGGUAGCUACACACAGGAGGAGGGUCGUGCGCACAGUGACCGCCUGCAGACAUCCCCACCGCCACAAACCCGUCACGCUCCUUGUACAGCGCUCACGGCUUCCGCGGAUAACAGCUUCCCCUCUCGCGCGUUUUGCAGCCCGUCCGUCGAGGAACUGGCGCCCUGGGCUGUUGCGCAGGCGCGACCGCUGACCCCUCCACCACCGCCAGAGAUGCGGUCCACUGAAGAUGCCUCCUACCCACUCUCGGUGAAGCCACAGGCAACGCCUCCAUCGCCCACUGAGGUGAGCCCGAGCACCUCUACUGCAGCAGAGCGCUUCUUCAAGGCUGCAUCCGCCAUGCUGCGUACUUCGACGAUCACCUACGGCGACGUGGCAAGACGGGAGCCUAGCGUUGCCGGUCGAGCACACGUGCCAACGCCACCACUGCUGUCGGAGACCGAGGAGGAGGACGUGUACGCCGAGGAGGGCGACUACACGGACGGCGACGACGACGAGAUAGCUCUGUUGGAGGCGUGGUGCACAAGCGAGGGCGAUCUUAGCCCGAUACCAGGCCCAGACCCAGUAGCUGCUCGUGGUGCUACAUCUACGGACGCGUCCGUCGUACGCGGAGGUCGAGGCGAGCCGUUUCCUUCCCCGCUCUCUUUAUUCAUGUCGACCAGCUUUUCCGCAGGUCACGCUACUGGCGGCAGUGGCAGUGCCAUCGACCGCCCCGGUGCACUUCGAGUUGCCUGGCCACCAACACACGUGACAGCAACGUGGACAACGCCGGCGCGUGCAGCAGGGCGAGACGAUCCAGUGGUUGAUAAUGCGCGGGGACGAGUGCUGACGGCUCCAUCUCGUCGAUCCGGCUCGCUAGCUGCUGGCAGUGCACGACCAGCAGCAGUCGGAACUGGUGUUGUUCAGAGUGCACCGAUGCAGGGCGCAGGCACAACGCCCUCCGCGGCGUCGCCACCCUACGCCUUUCGCUCCCCGAUCAUCUAUCGACCAGCCUAG